AUGGCCGAGCAAAACUUGUCCACCGACUCCAAGUACGAUCAGUACGACUUUCCCACCACCGCGCCGGACGCUGUGCCUGGCCACCCCGGCCACACCACCCCGGAACAUGACGCCAAGGUGCACCAGCUCCGGACAAUCCUCGAGCAAGAGGGCUACACCGAACGCCUGGACACCCUCACUCUGCUCCGAUUCCUGCGCGCUCGCAAGUUCGAUGUCAAUCUGUCUAAGGAGAUGUUCGUGAGCACUGAGAAGUGGCGCAAGGAGUUUGGCACCAAUGAGCUGCCCGCCACCUUCGAAUACCCUGAGAAGGCCGAGGUGUUCCAGUACUACCCUCAAUACUACCACAAGACUGACAAGGAUGGCCGUCCCCUCUACAUUGAGAAGUUGGGCAAGAUCGACCUCACGGCUAUGUACAAGAUCACCACCAGUGAGCGCAUGCUGCAGAACCUCGUCACCGAGUAUGAGAAGAUGGCCGACCCACGUCUACCCGCCUGCUCUCGCAAGGCUGGUAAGCUCCUCGAGACCAGCUGUACCGUCAUGGACCUGAAGGGAGUCGGUGUCACCAGCAUCCCCUCCGUCUACGGAUACGUGCGCCAGGCCUCUGAAAUCUCCCAGAACUACUACCCCGAGCGUCUGGGCAAGCUGUACAUCAUCAACGCCCCCUGGGGCUUCAGCUCCGUCUUCAGUGUCGUCAAGGGCUUCCUCGACCCCGUCACUGUCAACAAGAUCCAUGUUCUCGGCAGCGGAUACCAAAAGGAGCUGCUGGCUCAGGUUCCCGCCGAGAACCUGCCCGUCGAGUUCGGUGGUUCCUGCAAGUGUGAAGGUGGCUGCGAGCUGUCUGACAUGGGUCCUUGGCAGGAGGCUGAGUGGGCUCGCCCCCCUGCGUGGGCCGUUAAGAAGGAAGCUGCUGCCGCUGCCGCUGCCGCUGCCGAUGCCGAUGCCGAUGUCGAUGCCGCUGCCGAUGCCACCGUCCAGAACGAGGACAACGGCCCUGAGAAGAAGGACGCCAGCGAGGAGGGCAUCCAGGCCAGCGCAUAA